ACACACACACACACACACACACACACACACACACACACUAGAUACGAGCAUAUAUCAGCAGUAGGAGUGUCUCCCUUUGGCUCACUCUCACUCUCGCUUCACGUCUAGCCUCAUCAUGAAGCUUAACGUCACGUCAGCUGUUCUCCUCCUCGUGCUCGUGGGCGUUUCUCCUGGCUCCGCUUCCUACUCCUCGGAAACGCGUUGCUGGGCCGACCAAAACCAACACGGGGAAUGGUUUGACUUUAACGAGUUCUUUCACAACCUCGCCGAUAUCCACUUCGACAAUACCAUAGAGAGUGUCAGGGAGACGGGAAUGUGGAUGUAUUACGAGCACGCCGACUACAACACGCACCAAGCAGGCCUGGUGUUCUGGGCCAGCGGCAUCGACUUCAGCGGCAAUGUUCCAGCGCAGUAUGCAAACAUGGCUACCUCUCUGAGAUACGCCGGCAGUCCUUACAGCUUGGAUGAUGAGACAUGGAAUGUGUACUCUGGCGAAGCCUUCACUGGCGAUGCAUUGUGGGGAUAUGAGGAUGCAGCUUCACUCGGUUCCCUCGGCGACGAUGUCUCAUCCAUCAUUAUUGUCGGCCAAAGCGCUUGGACGUUCUAUGAUGGGAGAGACUUCCACGGAACCAACAGUGUUUGUUUGAGGCCUAAUUUCAAGUUUGGUCGAGACUCUGACGGACGAUCUCUGCACGUGGGCAUCUUCCCGACGCCCGCUCACUUCCAAAUCAGCGACAACAACAUCGAGUCGGUGCGGAAAGGCUGUUGGUCGGAGAACGUGGUCUACGGGGAAUCCGUCAGAACCAAUUCCAGCUCUCCCAGUGGCGCUUGCGGAUUUCUCAACGGUUAAUGCCUCAUCUACAUACCCUGUUUGAUGGAUCGCUCCCAUCUGGACCGACGGAUUUGCUCUCGCUUCCUAGCGGUGGGUUGUGGGGCGAAGAACCUCCCGGAAUAAAGUUUCAAGACCUA